UUGGAGUCUAGAGUUGCUUCUUGGGUAUAUGAAUGGAGUUUUCAAAGAAGCCCUUGGAAGGACGAUGACCCUUAUGGCGAUAUUUCUGGUAAACAUCCGACGACGGGAGGGAUUAUAAAUUAUUGGUCUUCCGGGUUUCUAUCUCUUCAGUAUGCUAUCGAUGACAUUUUCAUUGAGGCAGCAAAUGUUUCAUCUGUGAAUGGCCGAUUUUCCCUUUCCCUUGAAAAAAUGCCUUAUCCGGCUUCCUUGCAAUUACCUCUGGAAACUCUAUUUGCCAUCUUGCCGCUGCUGCUCCCGCUUGCUGCGGUUAUGAACAUCGUGCAUACUGUAUCAGCAUUAACAGGAGAGAAGGAAACCGGAAUGAUGGCGUAUCUACAAAUGAUGGGGCUCGAUUCGUUGCAGUUUUAUAUAGCCCACGGGAUUAUGUCUUUAGCAAAGCUGUUAAUUAUUUUUGUUCCUUGCGGGUUGAUUUUACUUCCCCAAUUUAUAGUUGUGUCUGGAAGUUUGCUUAUAUCAAUAAUAAUCUUGUAUAGCAUUGGAACUGUGGCUACUUCCUUUCUCAUAUCAUCGUUAUUCCAUAAUUCAGGGUCUGCUGUAAAAGGAGCCCUAGUUAUAUGGAUUCUAAGUAUUAUUGUUGGGUUGGUUUCUUCCUCAAAAAUUACUCCUUCUGAGGUGUUCUAUCGUAUCCUUGCAUCUUUAAAUAUAAAUUGUGCUCUCACGGCAACUUUUAGCGCUAUCAGGUCUGCCAUGCAUCGAGAUUUGCCUUUACACAUCUGGAAUUGCUUUGAUGGUAGAACUUACUCUUUUACUUGUGGACACGGUGUAUUGAUGAUGAUAUGUGAUAUUAUUUGGAUGGUCUUGCUUGCGGAAUACUUGGAUAACGUUUACCCUCCUGGCGAUCAGCCUAGAAAGAAUUUGCUAUAUUUCUUAAAAUUUGAAAGAAAAGAGGGCAGUCGAGUGAUUAUGGACCGAAACGAAACUCCCACAGACACUAAUGGUAACCCGAGAAAUAUUCAACCCUAUGAAAAGAUUGAAGGAACUGGUGAAGCAGAAGUUAAUGUAUUUGGACUAACUAAAUUGUUUGGGAAUUUGCGCGCUGUAGAUUCUUUGUCAUUUCGAGCAUAUUCAAAUCACAUCACUGUUUUACUGGGCCACAACGGUGCUGGCAAGAGCACCACUUUCUCUUUAUUGACAGGUUUGUCUGCUCCUAAUGCUGGAGUGGUCGAGAUUUGCGGUGUGAAACUUGAUUUGUCAACGCUUUCAAGAUGUCAGAAAUUUUUAAGUUUUUGUCCACAGUACAAUCCCAUAUUUGAUCUCUUGACAGUACGUGAGCACUUGAUCUUCUUUCGCGAUUUAAAAGGCAAUGUUGGUUAUCCAGUGGAGAACCUAUUAGAAGACAUUCAGUUAGAAAAGAAGGCAAAUGAGCUUGCAAGAAACCUUAGUGGCGGCUUGAAACGUAAGUUAUGCAUUGCUAUGUCUUUUGUCGGUGGUAAUCGAGUAGUACUUCUUGACGAGCCAACUGCUGGGCUGGAUGUUCAUGCUAGAAGAUUAGUUUGCGACUUUCUCGAAAGGUUUAAAAAGGGCAGAACGAUCUUGUUGACUACUCAUUAUAUGGAUGAGGCGGAUCGUUUGGGAGAUAGGAUAAUAAUCAUGGUUAAAGGCCGUGUAGCUUGCUCUGGAAGCUCUGAAUUUUUGAAAAAUCGCUUUCGUACCGGUUACUUAUUGACCAUUUCACUUAAGGUAUGCAUUUAUGCGCUAUCAUUGUUAUUAUUAUUACUAUUAUUAUUAUUUUUAUUAUUAUCAUUAUUAUUACUAUUAUUAUUGUUACUGUUACUGUUAUUGUUAUUAGUUUAAUA